CUCCCGCGGGAUUCCCACUUCGGAGUUGAGAGGGGGCGUGUGGAAAAUCCGGGUUGUCCCCGUGGUUUUGCAGACGAAGGCCCCUGCGGGAUGGAGGGGCCGCUGCGCGCUGCCUGGUCCUAGACUCGGCCACGCCAGUUACCCCACUCCGCGCCGGGGUGGCGUCUGCCGGAGGAUCACUGGGCUUGGGAAGUCAGCCGUGGUCCCUGCGUGCUGGCCUUGGCCUUCGCAUACUCAUAGCAUCCGUGUCCAGGCGGGAGGUGCUUGAGAGCCUGAAGCCCCUUCCCCUACCCCCGCCCUCCCCAGAUUCAGCCCGAUUCGCUGCCAGAAUAACGUUUGCAGUGUAGUUUAAUUCCUUAGGAUAAAGGCUUGGAAGCUGUCUUUUGCAAUCUGGAUAUGUGUUUGCUUGAAAGAGUUACAGAGAGAGAGUGCUUCCAUCCGCUGGUUCAUUCCCCAAACGGCCACAACGGCCAGGCUGAAGCCAGGAGCUUCUUCCGGGUCUCUCACAUGGGUGCAGGCGCCCCAGGACUCGGGCCACCUGCUGCUGCUCUCCCAGGCACAUUAGCCAGGAGCUGGAUGAGAAGUGGAGCAGCCGGGACUCGAACCUGCACCCACGAUGGGAUGCUGGUGUCGCAGGUGGCGGCUUUGCCUGUCAGCCACAACGCUGGCCCCUGUGGAUGUGGAUGUGUUUAAAUUGAGGGUACAUUAGGAAUCGGUUGUCAGGCAUCACCGGGGAUAGGUUAGAUCUGAGGACUGGGCGUAGUCGGAAUGCAGUGAAACAUCAAGCUGGGGUGAGCUAGGAAGCAGGGAGGGGCCCCACGUGACCUGCCCUAUCUUUUUUUGCCCAGAUCUACCCGGAAUGUCUGGUUUGGUGGUAGUGGAGGUGGAUCCAGUUUGGCUGCUGUUCAUUGAGUACCUACUAUGAGCCACUGGUGAUUUCUAAUUCUUCCCAAAACGGAGGUGGUCCUGUGUCCGUGGUCAGACGUGAUCAGAAAGUCAGUGAUUGUCAAAAUGUGGUUGAAGGCGCCCCUGGAGGUUCCUGGAACCCUUUGCGAGGAUCUGCAGAAUCUGACAAGGCCAAAUUCUCAGUGUACGUGAACCAGCACAUCAAAUGCAGAAGCAGAGAAGAAUCCAGCUGUAUUUUUAAAGCCAAAUAUUAAAAAAGAUUGUAGAGUACGAAAGUGUCACUCUCUUCACUUGUUUUUGAUGUUUUAGAAAAAAGUUAAUAUGAAAUGCGUUUUUAACCAUUAUUUUAAAUUAAUAUUUUUUAUAUUCUUUUAAUUUUUUUAAGGAUUACAGAGACAGAGAUCUUCCAUCCACUCAUUUACUCCCCAUAUGUCUGCAAUGGCCAGGAUUGGGCCAGGCCAGAACCAGGAGCUUCAUCCAGAUCUCCCAUGUGGGUGGCAGGGGUCCAAACACUUGGACUGUCUUCCGCUGCUUUUCCCAGGCCAUCAACAGGGAGUUGAAUCAGAAGUGGAGCAACCAGGACUUGAAUUGGUGCCCAUAUGGGAUGCUGGCAUUUCAGGCAGUGUUUUUACCUGCUAUGCCACAACGCUGGCCCAAAUGUCUUUUUUUUAAAAAAGAUUGUAUUUAUGUAAAGUCUUUGAUGUGGGCCUGUGCUGUGGCGUAGCAGUGCUGGCAUCCCAUAUGGGUACCAGUUUGGGUCCCAGCUGCUCUACUUCCUAUCCACCUCCCUGCUAAUGCUCCUGAAAAAACAGCAGAAGAUGCCCCAAGUACUUGGGGUCCUACAUCCACGUGGGAAACCCGGAAGAAGCUCUUGGCUCCUGGCUUCAAGUCGGCCCAGUUCCAUCCGCUGCAGCCAUUUGGGGAGUGAACCAGUAGAUGGAAGCACUCUGUCUCUGUCUCUCUCUCUCUCUCUCUCUCUCUAACUUUGCCUUUCAAAUAAAAAUAAAUAAAUAUACUUUUUUUUAAAAAGUCUUUUAAAGAGUUACAGAGAGAGAGGGAGACACAGGAUCUUCCCUAUGCAGGUUUACUCCCCAAAUGGCUGCAAUGGCCAGGCUGGCCAAGCCAAAGCCAAGAGCCUGGAACUUCAUCCAGGUCUCCCACAUGGAUGCAGAGGCCCACACACUUAGGUCAUCUUCUGCUACUUUUCCAGGUGCGUUAACAGGGAGCCAGAUUGGAAGUGGAGCAGCCGGGACUGGAACUCGUGCCCAUAUGGGAUGUUGGUGUCGUAGGCAGCAGCUUAGUCUGCUAGGCCACAGUGCCUGUCCCUAAUUUUUAAUAUGGUGAAUAUUGAUAAGCAUUAUCUAUAUAAACAACAGCUCUUCAUAAUCCUCAACACUUAUUUUGAGAGUAUCAGUGAAUCCUGAGACCAAAGCUUUUAGAACUGCUGGAUAAAGGAUAUUGGCUGAGUGGUUUCCUGUUGAGACAGUACUGCAGAUAGAAAUUGUAGGCUCAAAAAAAUUUAAAAAUUACCAGAUGACAUAUGAGAGUCAUAGAGACUGGAAGAGGGGCAUGAAGGACCCAGCUGAAUGCACGAGAGGAUGGCUGAAACCAGGGUAACAGCCUCUAAUCUUGUUUGAAAAAAGGGGCCAAAGCUCCAUGCAACCACAUGGCUGGAAAGUGUAGCAGGAAACCCCAGAAAGGACGCUGGGCUGCUGGCCCCCAGUACCGUGUAUCAACUUUGCUGGGCUUGCUUGCCAACCCCUGGGCUACUCACGUGUAGCGCAGCCUCCAAACAGCACGCUUAAGGCUGCAAAAACUGAACAGAGAUUGCAGCUGCUACCCACCAUAGAGAGGCAGAACUUGGAGUCUAAUGCCAGCCAAGCUGUCUGCAAAGACUUGCACACUCUCUGGAGAGGUAUUGUAGAAUCCAGAGUUUAUUGCAUGUGUAUUGAUCACACUAUCAUACUUUCUAGGAUGUAAUCCAAAAUGACUAGCUACGGGAAAAACAAAACCAAACCAGGACGCUGACACCCUAAUCAAUGGAGAUGAGCCACGAUGGACACUGCUGGCCAUAGCCUCGUGCUCCUCCAGCAGCUGAACAUGCAGCGGGAGUUCGGUUUCCUGUGUGACUGCACCGUUGCUAUUGGAGACGUGUACUUCAAAGCCCACAGAGCCGUGCUGGCUGCCUUCUCUAACUACUUCAAGAUGAUAUUCAUUCACCAGACGAGCGAAUGCAUAAAAAUCCAGCCGACGGACAUCCAGCCCGACAUCUUCAGCUACCUGCUGCACAUCAUGUACACGGGCAAGGGCCCGCGGCAGAGCGUGGACCACGGGCGGCUGGAAGAGGGCAUCCGGUUCCUGCACGCGGACUACCUGUCGCACCUCGCCACGGCCAUGAACCAGGCGUUCUCACCGGAGGCCGUGCAGUCCUCCAACCUGUACGGCAUCCAGAUCUCAACGACCCAGAAACCAGCCGCGAAGCCAGGGCUGCAGGCGGCCCAGGCCCCUUCCGGCAGCGGCGCGGGCAGGGCGGCGACGCAGGGCGACCACGCCCAGCUGCAGCUGUCCCUGGCCAUUGGGCUGGACGAGGGCGCCGCCGACGUGCAGGGCGCCCACCGCGCGGCACAGGCCGGCCCCGAGCUCCAGAGGCCGCCGGCGGCCGUCAAGCAGGAGCGGGGUGACCCGGAGGCCGUGCCCGCGCAGGGCCAGCGCCCGCCCUCCGCAGAGGCGGCGGGCCCGGCUCUUCCAGAGAGCAGCAGCCGGGCGCACGCGUGCCACUACUGCGGGGAACGCUUCGACGCCCGCGGUAGCCUCCGCCAGCACCUGCACACCCACGUGUCCGGGGCGCUGCCGUUCGGGGUGCCGGCGUCCAUCCUGGAGAGCAAUGACCUGGGCGAGGUGCACCCGCUGCAGGACAGCCGCGCGGCCCUGGCGCGCCGCCGGCUCAGCGCCCUGGGCGGCCAGGAGGGUGGGCGGCAGCAGCCCGGGCCCGCGGCCCGCGGCCCCGCCGAGCCUCUGCAGAUCAGCCAGGUGGCCUUGAUCUCCAAAGACGCGGAGCCGGUGGAGCUCAACUGCAACUUCUCCUUCUCCAGGAAGAGGAAAGUGGGCUGCGCCGUGUGCGGCCACAAGUUCCUCCGGCGGAGCCAGCUGCUGGAGCACGCGUGCGCGCACAGAGGCAGGCCGCACAGGCACGGCGGUUGCCCCCGGCUGGCCAGCGCGCUGGCCCAGAGCUUCCCGACGUUCUGCGACAGCUGGUCCGACGUCGCCCUGAAGGGGCCCCGCCUGCCCCAGGAACACCUGGAUCUGCCUUGUGCCUUGGAGUCGGAGCUCACGCAGGACAGUGUGGACGCCAUCCUGGUGGAGUAGCAGCUUCUGGAAAAGGAAGCGUCGUCCUGCUCUGUUACUGUCCUCCCAAGUCCCCUUGGCUUUUGUCCUUCACAGUCGAGCCAUCAUUUGAAGGUUGCGUAUACCAGGUCCUCUAAGACAUGAACAUGUGGCUGUGAAAAUGUAAGCUCCACUUAGCGCUGUCAACAAUCGUAAAUUAUAUCACCCUUUAGAAAACAGAGGUCAGUGCAGAAACAGGCAGACCUGAGAGUGAACAGUUGCUCAUAGAAUUUCUAGUUUUUUUCUAGAAUUAGUAAAAUGGAAUGGAAUAGGAAGUAAAUGAAAUAGGUUUUAAAGACUGUCCUGAGCUAUCACUUUUGGAUUGUUUCACAUGAGGUCAGUCCCCAUGAGGAUCAUUCUAAAAUAGUCUCUGCCACACAGAACAGUUAAUUGUUUUGUUUUUUUUUUUUUUAAAGAUUAUUUAUUUGAAAGAGUUACAGAGGGAGGGAGAGACAGAAACACCUUCCAUCUGCUGGUUCACUUCCGGAUGGCUGCAUCGGCCAGGUCUGAGCCAGGCUGGAGCCAGGAGCAGGAGUUCUUCCAGGUCUUGCAUGUGGAUACGGGGCCCAAACACUUGGGCCAUCGUCUACCACUUUCCCAUGCCAUUAGCAGGGAGCUGGAUCGGAAGUGGAGCAGCCAGGACUUGAACCAGCGCCCAUAUGGGAUGCCAGCGUUGCAAGCGUUGACUUUUCCUGUUUUGCCACAGUGCCAUCUCCAAUAGUUUUUUAAUGCAUAACUAUAUAUUAUAGUGUAUAAAAAUUGUUUUUAAGAUAUAGCUAUACCAAAUCAUGAGUAGUUUUAAAAAUUACUUUUUACUUACUAGCUCUGCAACAUUACCCAUGUCUUUUAUCUAUUUUUUUACACAUUGAAUAUACCUCAUUGUUAACGAAAACUGUUUCAGUUAGAAGAGAGAAUGGGAAGAGGCAGGCAUCAAUGCACCUGCAACAGAAAGGUGCGUAAACGUGGACAAGCACAUCACGCAGGGACCGAGCUCCGUCUACACUGCCUGACGCCCAGGCCGUUACCUUCACCUAGAGCACACCACGCAGGACUGAGCUCCGUCUACACUGCCUGACGCCCAGGCCGUUACCUUCACCUAGAGCAUCUUCUGAGCUUUCUACCCCCGAGGUUCACUUGAGUUCAGUGAGGAAAGUGAUCACACACAGAUGUCUCUGCCCGCGCCCCAGAGGGUAGGCUAGGUUGCCUGGGUUGAUGUGAAUCUUCUAAAAGUCACUGGGAAAAAAGUAGUUUUUCCGUGGCACAGGUUUCACGUUUUCUGCCCAUAAAGCCAACAGAGGGGCUGCGUUCCAUCGUCUGGAACUGUGCUGAAGAUCCUUGGCGACAGCUUUUUCUCUGCAUACAGUUAACGCCCCUCCAUGCUGGUGACAUUAAAGGAAUCGCCCAGGGGAGGGCGUCAGUGGUAGAGCCUCCUGCCCUAUCCCUGGGAGAGAGCGGCCGGCCCUCGCCACAGAGCGUGGAGCGGAGUGGUUCCCACAGUGUUUCAGUUUCGGGUGCCAGCAGUCAAGGAAAGCAGGAGGCCGGGGCUCCCGGACAGCCUCCUGCGCUCCGUGUGCUGCUCUGCCGAGAGGGUCUACGUCAGACCCUCGCAGCCACCCCCAAAAUGUAAGGCUUAGAACGUCCCCGCCCACAGAGCCCUGAGCCCCUUCCUGGGGACUGCAUUUCCAGGCCCUCAGCAGCUGGGUAAUUCCAGGCAAGCAGGGAGUGGAGCAGAAUUAUAGGAGAGUCGACUGGAGAAGAGCGCUAGACGGUGCCCUCGGCCAGUGGGCGAGUGAAAUCUCACAGGGCAGCAUUCUGUGGGGGAGAGAGCAGAAUCCGACCGGCCGUGGAUUGAUCAGACGUGACUGAGGGUGGGCGGAAACAAAUGCGCUGCUCUUCAGGAUCAGAACUUCAUUUAUUUCUUUGGAAAGAUUUACUUAUUUGAAAGGGCAGAAUCACUGGCUCACUCCCCAGAUGGCUGCAACAGCCAGGGCUGGGCUAGGCUGAAGCCAGAAGCCAGGAGCUCCAUCCAGGUCUCCCAUGUGGGUGCAGGGGCUCGACCACUUGGGCCGUCUUCUGCUGCUUCCCAGGCACAUUAGCAGGGAGCUGGAUCAGUCGUGGAGCAGCUGGGACUCAAAGCCGGAACUCCUAUGGGUUGUGCCAGUGUCAUGGGCACAGCUUAACCUGCUGUAUGCACCACAGGGCCCUCCCCAUGAACUUUCCCUCACCAGCUCACUGGGCAGUGAUUCAAAGCUGUCCCACCCUCACAGGAGGAACCCAGAUAGCAACGUUGACUUCACGCACUCUAGGUCAUUUGGGAUUUAUUCCCUAGUGUUAUUCUCGUUAAAAUGUUUUUUUCUGUCUACUCCAUGUGCUUCCUUCCUGCCCAGCGUUAGGAGUAGUGGUGGGUGGGAUGGUGGGUAAGGCAACAGCCCGGCUACUACCAGCAGAUGGACCAGGCCAGACAGCGCUAAUCGAAAGCAGAAUGGGAAGACACUUAAGGAAGUUCCUGGGAAAACAGAAGUAAACAAGUAUUAUUUUGGUGCAAAGAAAUCUUGAAAUCCAUGCAUAUAUUUUUCAUAAUAUACAUUUUUCAUUGACUUUCUGAAAACCCCUGGUAUGCAUGGAUUUCCUCGGUUUUUUUUCCCUUGCACCAAAAUAGACUUCUGUUUUAAUUCCAUGUCCCAUAAACUGUUUGAAGUGCGUUUGCGUAUUGAGAAGACAGUGGUUAACUGUAUUUCUAUUCUUGUUCAUGAAGUUCCUUUUAAUACAGGGAACUCAAAGCAAAUGUGCUUCCCUGUGUCCUCAUUUUCUGUUUUAGGAAGUGGAAAAAUGUUAACUGCGUUUACAGAAAAAAAAAAAAAAUCCCAAAAGCUGAAUUCCAGAGAACCAAUGAAUAGUAUGGGACUGACCUGAAUUUUUUUUCUCCAUUCAUUCUGAAGACGUGUUUUGUUCUGUUUUAAGAUUUACAUAUUUAUUUGGAAGGCAGAGUUACAGACAGACAUUGGUUCACUCCCCAAAUGGCUGCAACGGCCAGAGCUGGGCCCAUCCGAAGCCAGGAGCCUGGAGCUUCUUCCGGGUAUCCCAUGUGGGUGCAGAGGCCCAAAACACUUGGGCCAUUUUCUGCUGCCUUCCCAGGUCAUAGCAGAGAGCUGGAUUGGAAGUAGAGCAGAUGGGACUCGAACCAAGGCCCAUAUGGGAUGCUGGCACUGCAGUCAGUGGCCUUACCACAUCGCUGGGCCCCCAGACAUUUUUUUUAAAGUAAUUAUCAACCCCAACACUGUGCCAGGGUAUAAUUUUUAAAGAUAUGAUUCCUAAGAAAAUCUACUUUAAAAAUUCUUCCAAGUAAAACCUUUAGCCUUGACUACCUCAAACUGUAUACUAAUAUAUAUAUAUAUAUAUAUAUAUAUAUCUCCUAAUAAUAUAGUGUGGUUAGUGUAAGGAUUACCAAGGUUAAAAUGGAAGUGCCAUUUGUAUUUCAUCCGCAUGUCAGGCAGACACCACACAGGCAUUUUCUCUUUCUGGAGCUUACAUGUAGUUGUUCUCUGGAGAGUGGUAGACACUGUUUCAGUAUUUGUCAUUAUUAGCAUAACACCAGAACUCAACAUCUAAUAUAAAAAUACAGCCUGCCUUAUGGAAGAAAACAAAACGUCUUGAUUUAUAACACUUGAAGGUGUUCCAUCCUGCCCUGCCCUGGCUUUCUGAUUCCCAUGAGCAGGGGUGUUGAGCAUUUGUAUUAGAAUCGUGUCAGUUCUCUCAGUGUUGCUGAUAAAAGCCCAGCUGUGCAAGGACACCGGCAUUUAUUCUGCAGCUAAGCCCAUUAACCUCAGCAUUCUAAGUUGUAAAUGCUAGAACAUCUGAGCAGCACUCAUGUAGCAGUUGGUAAUGAAGCAACAAACCCCCUUUUUUUUUUUUUUGACAGAGUGGACAGGGAGAGAGAGACAGAGAGAAAGGUCUUCCUUUGCUGUUGGUUCACCCUCCAAUGGCCGCCGCGGCCGGCGCACUGCGGCUGGCGCAUUGCGCUGAUCCGAAGGCAGGAGCCAGGUGCUUCUCCUGGUCUCCCUUGGGGUGCAGGGCCCAAGCACUUGGGCCAUCCUCCACUGCACUCCCGGGCCACAGCAGAGAGCUGGCCUGGAAGAGGGGCAACCGGGACAGAAUCCGGCGCCCCGACUGGGACUAGAAACUGGUGUGCCGGCGCCGCUAGGUGGAGGAUUAGCCUAUUGAGCCGUGGCGCCAGCUAACAAACUCAUUUUUUGCAGCUGCUUUAGAAACAGCAUUACUGCUUGAAUUCUGUUACUGUCUCUCCUGUUAGCGAGGAGGUUUCGUUCUUUGGCAUUAUGGAGAGUAAAACUUGCCAACUUAAACCUUACUGAAAGUUCACCAAACAUACUGCUUUAUAUGUAGGAAGUGAUUUUUUUAAAAGCAACAAAGAAAUGUCAUUCUCACUUCUUUGCUGUUGGUGAUCUAGAUGGAAGAUAGGGAAGGAGAAGGGUGAGGACAAUUCAUAGUAAUUCACUAGUGUUGUUUUAGAAUAGUAUCAGAGAAGUCUCCAAUGAAAACUGGAGGAAAUAUAUGUUAAUCAUGGGAAAAAAUGGGAGAGUGUCAUUCCACUGUAUGUACAGGAGUCUUGGUGAUGCAACUCAGAUCCUUGGUGAUAAUAUCAAUAUUUUCAUAGUCGUUAAGGUAAAACUAGGCCAUGUGAAGAGUUUUCACGUUACUUGUGUUGGUAUGUUUUAAACCAAACAUAGGUCUGUGACAUUUUAUUAUAAUUAAUUUUCAAGAAUGAAAUCUGUAAGUGAUUAUUGUCUGUGUGUGUGGUUUGUCCUUCUAAAAGCGGGCGAGGUUACACAAUUCCAAGCCCGGAUGUGUUAAACACAAAGAACCAGACUGAUUUUUUUGUUCUCAGGACCGGAAGAAUCCAUGCCCUUCAGAAGGGAUCUGUGCUGCAUUUGGUCACUGGGUAGCUAUCACUGCAGUGCCACCAACACUGACCAUCAUCAAGUGCUCUAUUUCAUGCCAGGUAAACUGAUUCCAUCAGAAUAGGCCAAAUGCUACCUUAAAAGGAAACCCAGAUUACAAAAACCUGUACAAUUAAAAAGAGGUCAAAGUACAAGCAACACACAGGAGAGCGAAAGGAAACAUUGUGGGUGAAACCCCUCUGCCCUAUAUGGGGCUGUGAAUAAGCUUCACAGGCGUUCUUCUCACACGGUUUGUAGGGAGAGGGAGAGAGGGUUGGAACGGAAACAAUGGAUUUCAUGUAUUUUACCAAGACAAAUUAAUGUGCCGUAAUCACAAAUAAAACCUUUUAUUAUUAACUCUG